AUGAGACUGCGAGAUAAUACUAAUCGUCGACACCGCUACGGUGGUGAGUCGUCGUCUUCAAGUGAUGAAGAAAAAGACGAUGAGGAGUCAUAUAGAUCAUCUGGCCGUUUGUUCCAGCCUUCGCCGUAUACAAGCCAACGACAAAGAUCAUCGUUGGUAUCUGGUGACUUGAAAGCCCUCAAAGAAGGUUUAGAUUUUGCAUUGGGAACCCCGGGAAAGGAAGGGAAUUGGUUUCCUAGAUCCGAUAACGAAGAUGACGAUGAUUAUGACUAUGGUGAUCAUCAUUCUCAUAUACAACCCAAAAGAGGCCCACUCUUGCACAUCGAGACCAAUGUCGUCUCAGGUCCUUAUUCUAUGAGUACUACACCCAAAUAUGACGUAUCACCAAAGCUAGAACUUGGUUUAGAAGUACCGAACAUCAUCUCCACACCAACAACUCCAACAACCGGCACUAUCAACAAGUUCUCCGAUGCAUUGGCCCGAGUCUCUGAAAGAAUUGCCGGUACCGGGGCAUUGGAUGGCGAUCAAGAUCCUACUAAAAAGGACCCUACAACUCCGGCUGCGGGAUCCCCAAAGAAAGAUAAACUAAUACGAAGUGCAACCCCAAUAUCUUCAACCAGGAAGGGUUCAAGUAUAAGUACCUCAUCUGCUACUUCCAGUAUAAAUGGUGAUCCAGCAACAGCUACUUCCCAUGGUGGUGAUAGUUUGCUUGUUUACUCUCACAGAGAUUCGUUGACACCAACUCUGCCAAUGUUGGCAUUCACAUCAACUGAUAGAGGGUCUUUGGUCAGUAAACCUUCUACUACUACUGAAACAGUUGACCAUAAUAAUGAAGGGAGUAAUUUCCCCAAAGAACCACAACCCAUUAGAAUGUUUGGUAAGUCUUUGAAGAUAUUCUCCUCUACUUCCAAGACCCGAAUCUUUUGCUACAAGAUAGCAACCCAUUCGCGAUAUCCUCCGAUAUUAUUGGGUCUUUUGAUCUUACAAGUUGCUUUCUUAUCAAUGCAACAGUGGAAUCCCGGAGAGAAAGGGUACGUUUUAAAGGGCCUGUCGUGGAAAGACUAUGUUUUAAUUGCCAUCAACAUUGUUUACACUGUUGAAAUCGCCAUCCAAAUCAUUGCUUUUGGUUUAUUUGACGAUCGUUGUAUGUUUGAAGAACUUGAUAUGGAUUAUCCCGAGAAUGAACUUAACAUAUUUUCAAGACUGCGUGUUUCCAAAUACUUGAAACCAAUAGCCAAUCGUUGGAAAGGUAUUAAGUCGAAAAGAGUCAGACUUGUUUCUUCUUCCACCAAACCAGUAUUAUUUUCCGAGCGAAACAAGACAACUACCAAUGGCAAAAAUCCAGAUUUCAUAGAGGAGAUCGAGUUAAAUGAUCAAAUACCACCAUUAACUCCAACAGCAACAUUUAAAAAGGGGUCUGAAGACAUUAAUUAUUUGAGUUAUGAAAACUCGGAAGAUUUAGAUGAGAUUACUGAAGCAUUGCCAACCCAACACCAAAGACUUCGAUUGAAAAAGAAUACUUUUAUGGCUGUUCCCAAACCAACUAGUGAAUUGGGAUUAACAAGAGCAUACCUUAGAAAUAGUUGGCACAGAAUUGAUUUCCUAUCCACCUUAUUCUUUUGGAUAUCAUUAUUAUUUUCCAUCAAUAGAUUUGAUGUGGAGCAUCGAGUACUAAUCUUUAGAUCAUUGAGUUGUUUAAGAAUUAUUAGAAUCGUCAACUUAACAAAAGGUACAACCACAAUCUUACUUGCGCUUAAAACUGCCAUUCCCAAAUUACUUGAUGUGGUUUUAUUUAUUGUUGUAUUUUGGGUAUUCUUUGGUAUUAUUGGAAUCCAAUCUUUCAAAUCUUCCUUAACUAGACAUUGUGUAUGGACCAACCCAAAUGAUCCUAACGAUACUUACAUCAAUUCUAGUCAAUAUUGUGGAUCUUGGUUGGGCAAGGAUGGGGAAACUCAUUCGUAUAUCUACAGAGAUGGAACUGACUCUGGUGUUAGUAAAGGGUUUAGAUGUCCAGUUAACUCCCAAUGUAUAAGUGGUGAAAACCCCUACGGUGGUACGGUUAACUUUGAUAAUAUUUUCCAGUCUAUGGAAAUGGUCUUUGUGGUGUUGAGUGCUAAUACAUUCACUGAUAUAAUGUACGAUAUCACUGAUUCGGACGAUUUGGUGGCAGCAUUAUUCUUUAUCUUUUGCAUUUUCGUUAUGACCGUUUGGUUAAUGAAUAUUUUCAUUGCUGUGAUUGUCACUUGUUUUCGAACAGCAAGUCAAGAAUCACGGAAGAAGAAAGCAGCUACUGCUGCUGCUUCUGGUGGCAAUGGUGGAAAGAAAUCGGCUUUUAGUUUGGCUCUGAAAUUUAGUAAAGAUGAAGAUCGUCUACAACAAUUAAGAGCCAAGAACAAGGUAUUUGCUUUUUACCAAGAUAACAAAGUGGAUCUUCUAUUUGUGUUUUUGAUUAUUGCUGAUUUAAUUAUGCAAUGUACUCGAGAAGCAGAUAUGAGUGACGAUUGGCACACAUUUCUUUAUCGAUUCGAAAGCGUUUUCACGGCUAUAUUUGUGGGAGAAAUAGCACUUCGAUUUUGCUUAUAUUAUCCUGAUUUCAAGUUAUUCUUCAAGUCUAAAAGGAAUCUUUUCGACUUAUUUUUGGCUACAAUCACCGGGAUUAUCAUCCUUAAACCUGUAAAAGAAGCCAUGGGUCACACAUAUUAUUGGUUGACGGUGUUUCAAGUGAUGAGGUUUUACAGAGUGGUGAUGGCCGUUAGUUUGACCAAUUCUUUAUGGUCAAAGAUCAUUAGUCAAAUUGAUGAGAUUUUACAAUUGGCAUUAUUCUAUUUCCUUUUAUUAUUCUCAGUUAGUAUUAUUGUUGCUCGAUAUUUUGAAGGUGCUGUACCUCGAGAUGAGUUGUAUGCUACGGAUUUUACCUUGCAAACUCUUCCGGGGGUAAUCGUGGCUCUUUAUACGGUUACUAGUACUGAGAAUUGGACAGCGUCAAUGUAUUUCUUACAAGAGAUGGCCCCUAAUGUUCAAUACCGAGUAUUUGGGUCGUUAUUCUUUAUUGCAUGGUUUAUCUUCACCUUCUUUGUGGUGAUCCAAAUUUUCAUUGCUAUUAUUGCAACCACAUUGGAGGUUUCUGAUGAUGCUAAAAGAAAGAAACAGCUAUUACAAUUUAUUAGCAACAUGACAAGCAGAUUACAAUAUACAGACCAUGAAACGAGUCUCCUCCGGAAGAUCAAGAAGAAGUUCUUUAAGAGUAUCUCUCAUAGUGAAGACUCCAAGAAGACAGUGGUUAACUUGUUGCUUAGUGGUACAGCAAUUAAAGACUUUAUUGAUGAGACAGAAUUGGAUAUUUCCGAUUCAGAUGAUGAGAGCUUACCCAAAUUAGAAAUCAAAGGUUGGAGAGCGAAAUUUUGGAAACACUUUGGUAAGUUAAAAGAAGAUAAUCACAACCCCUUCAAUUCCAAAAUGGAAACUAAACGAAAGAAGCUUAAUCUUGAACUGUUUCAGGCAGCAGACUUUGCAAGAGAAGUUAUCAAAGAUAGAAAUGAGAUUAUAGCCAAGCAGAACGCAUUUUUAAUACAAAACCCAACUUAUAACAAGGUAUUUUGGGUCAUUGCACCAAGACAUAAAGUCAGAAGAUUUUGUCAAAGAAUAGUUAAAUCAAGUUAUGGUGCUCGUAUUGAUGGGGUUGAACCUUAUGGGAUUGUUUAUGAAUUAUUUCAAGUUGUGAUGAUUUUGGCAUCAAUUGCUUUGGUUGUUAGUGCCUGUGUGGGGACUCCAUCUUAUAAGAAGGAGUUAACUGAGAAGCAUGGCAUUUAUAACUGGACAUUGAUCCUUUUGGCUACAUUUGUUGCUAUUUUCAGUAUAGAAUUUAUUAUCAAAGUUCUUGCUGAUGGGUUUCUUAUGACUCCAAAUGCUUAUAUGAGAGAAAUUUGGAAUAAAAUCGAUUUGGUGGUGUUGAUUACAAUUUACGUUGAGUUUUUUGCUUCUCUUAACAGGGAUGUUUCUGUUUCCAGAACAGUGGCAGGUUUCAAAGCUUUAAGAACUUUAAGACUUUUGGGUAUAAGUAAAACUGCCACUCAAACGUUCCAUCAAACAUUAAUUAGAGGAUUUAAACAAAUUAUAGCUGCUGCUAUGAUUGCUUGGUGCUUAUUAUUUCCUUUUUCUAUCUGGUGUUUGAACGUAUUUAACGGUAGACUUGGUGUGUGUCUGGAUGGGAACUUAUCAAGAGAAGAAUGCUUUAAUGAAUAUGCCAAUACGGUAUUCAAUUGGGAUGUCACAUCUCCAGCAGUCUACACACAACCUUAUUUACAGUUUGAUCGGUUUGGAUCUUCUAUAUCAUCUUUGUAUGAAAUCAUUUCUUUAGAAGGUUGGGUUGAUCUUUUGGCCAAUGUAAUGGCCAGUACUGGAGUCGGGACUCCUGCUCAACAAUAUGCUUCCCCCAUCAAUGGGAUCUUGAUUAUCUUGUUUAAUUUUACCAGUAUGGUUUUUAUCUUGACGUUAUUUGUUUCUGUCAUUGUGAAUAAUUACUCCAAGAUCUCCGGUAAGGCAUAUCUUACUCCAGAACAAAUUGGUUGGUAUCAAGUGAAAAGUAUUUUGGGUCAAGUACGCCCUUCUCAUCGGAAGAACCUUACUAAAAUGAAAUGGUACAAUAGAAUUUGCUAUAAGAUUACUGUGGAGAAAUCUUCAUGGUGGAAGGAUUUCCUUUCCAUUGUAUUAGGACUUCAUGUGUUGGCACUUAUGAUGGAAAUCUUCCCCACCAAUGAUGGCUUGGAUAUUUUUAGAUUUUUUAUCUACAUUUGUGCUUCCGGGAUAUUCACUAUUAAUUCUGCUAUAUCUAUAUUGGGGUAUGGAUUUUGGGAAUUCUUUGGCAACAAAUGGAAUGUAUUUUCCACUAUCAUUUCCAUUGGGGCUUUAAUAACUACGGUUAUAGCCAAUUUCGUCAAUUCCCAAUCGUUCUUUGUGAAUUUUAACAAGUUAUUCCUAGUGGGGAUGUUGUCAUUUAUUAUUCCUCGAAGUGAUAAAUUGAGUCAGUUGUUCCGGUUUGCUUCUUCCGGGUUACCUUCCUUAUUGGCAUUAAUGUAUACUUGGGGGAUCAUGUUUCUUAUGUUUGCCAUAGCUUUAAAUCAACUGUUUGGCUUAACUAAAAUCGGUCCUAAUGGUACGGGGAACUUGAAUGUUCGUUCAGCACCCAAGGCUUUAAUCUUAUUAUUCAGGUGCAGUUUUGGCGAAGGAUGGAAUUAUAUCAUGGAUGAUUAUACUAUUAAGUGGCCUUAUUGUACGCCUGGGGCCUCAGCUCAAGAUGGCGAUUGUGGUAAUGCUGCAUAUGCUUAUAUUCUUUUCAUUGCAUGGAACAUUUUAUCCAUGUAUAUCUUUUUAAACUUGUUUAUUUCCGUGAUCUUGGAUAGUUUUAGUUUCAUUGGGAAUUCCAAAGUUUAUGGCCAUUUAAUUGAACGGGAAGAAAUCAGGAAGUUCAAGACAUCAUGGCAAGCCUUUGAUCCAGAGGGUACUGGAUUCAUUUCUCCUGAAGAUUUACCCAAGUUUUUACAAACUCUUGACGGAGCCCUUUCGUUCCACUUCUAUGGUGGUCAAUUAUCAAUUCCUUCCUUAUGUAAGGAAUGGAUUACCCGAAAUAACCCCGACGAUCCUUAUGAUAUCACCCUACAUUAUGAUGUUAUAGAAGAGAUUUUGAACCAAACAGACGUGCAAAAGAUUAGAGCAAGAAGGAAACUUUAUGACCAAUUCGUGGAAGAGGCCAUGACAUCCAUGGUGUUGAAUAAUGAAGUGGGCAUAUCAUUCCAGAGAAUCAUUUUACAGAUUCCUCUAUAUAGUGCCUUCAAUGAUGGUGAAUGUCUUAACUUGAUAGACUAUUUGGAGAGACGGUUCUUGAUGCAAAGAGUACAGAAACACCUUAAUAAAAGAAGAGUCAUAGACAUCAUGACAGGGUAUGCCAUUCGGUGGAAAUACUUACAGAACAAACUGAAAGGUAUAAGAGAUGUGGAUAUUGAUUUUGGUUCAGCACUUCGAAAGAGAGUGUCAAUCUUUAAUCCCAGAAGUUCUAUGGAAUUAGAUAAUGAUAAUGAUGAUGAUGAUGAUAAUGAUGACGAUAUCGAUGAUGAUGAUACUUAUUCCCAAACCCAUCUUUUACCCUCAACCAGCAAGCCACAAACACAAGAACGUACUUCUGUUCCCAAGAUCAUCAUAUCCAACGCUGACGUUGAGUCCUUAAGUACCGGAGAUUAUGUCCCAAGAGCACCAAUAAACCUAUUCAAAGGUAACGAUACCCCCUCAGGAUUGACUGAAUUGAUUGCCAACAGACAGCAGUCCUGGGAACAUGUUACCAUGGGAACACACUCAUCUUCGUGGGGAAAUGUGUUUGCAGACCAAGCUUCAGAUGAUGGCGAUGGAGAAGAGGAAGACGAAAAGAAAGAACAUUAUAUAUGA